AUGAGGCAAAUGAUGUUGGAAAGAGGGUCAUCAUAUGAAGAGGAAACAAGGCUGGGAAGAACGAAAAGAACGAUUAUAAUAGCAGGGUCAAUAAUGACCUCUCUAAUGAGCGGAUUGAUGAUAUUUGCUGUUUUAUACAACCAGUUUGUAGGAAAAUAA